CAUCCAUUCAUCAAGUACCCUACCAUAUAAUCUGUCUCUGCGGCGCCUUUUCUCCUCUCUUCUAAAAACCCUAACGCAGCAGAGGGAGCAGAUCAAAGAAGAUGGUGCAGCGUCUUACCUAUCGGAAGCGCCACAGCUAUGCUACGAAAUCGAAUCAACACAGAGUGGUGAAGACUCCUGGUGGCAAGCUCGUUUACCAGACCACCAAGAAGAGAGCCAGCGGCCCUAAGUGCCCCGUCACUGGCAAGAGGAUUCAGGGUAUUCCACACUUGAGGCCGGCCGAAUACAAGAGAUCAAGGUUGCCUAGAAAUCGCAGGACUGUGAACCGUGCAUAUGGAGGGGUUUUGUCUGGAAGCGCUGUUAGGGAAAGGAUUAUUCGCGCUUUUUUGGUUGAAGAGCAAAAGAUUGUGAAGAAGGUGUUGAAGAUCCAAAAAGCUAAGGAAAAGCAAUCCUUGAAGGGUUAAGUUUGGAAGACAAAAUGGAAUCAUAUCUUUUUGGAGGACUCUUAGGUUUGAGUGAUUAUAGUAAAUCACAAAUUUUAUUAGUGUUAUUGUGGUGUUCAUUGUUCUUGUUGGCUUGGCUGAACACAUUCCAAUACGGUUGUUAACAAAUUCAUUUCUAUACAGUUUUGUUUAUCUCAAGAUUCGAUGUUAUUUUCA